CUUGAGUUUUUUCAUACCAAACCAGAAAAUUUAGAAGAGCCACUAGUAUAAACUUUUGUUUCCACAAAGCACUGUAUAUUUAUCACCCAAGCUAGCUUAAUGGCUCAAAUCUUAACCCCAAAAACUCUGCACCCAAAAUAUGGAAACUAUGUAACAGUCCUCAGUAUCGAUGGAGGAGGAAUCAGAGGAAUGAUCCCUGGAGUUAUUCUUGCUCAUCUUGAAGCUGAGCUUCAGAAAAUAGAUGGCGAGCAUGCAAGACUUGCCGAUUACUUUGAUGUGAUUUCAGGAACUAGCACGGGUGGUCUUAUCACAGCCAUGCUAACUGCACCAAACAAAGAAAAUCGGCCUUUGUAUGCUGCAAAAGAUAUUGUCCCAUUUUACUACAAAGAAUGCCCCAAGAUUUUCCCACAACCAACUAAUAUAUUUGCUCAGGUUAUGGAUUCAAUGCAAGAUCUGACGAGCCCAAAAUAUGAUGGAAAGUAUUUGCAUAAACUAGUGAAAGACUUACUGGGGACAAGAAGAUUGCAUGAUACUUUGACAAACGUUGUCAUUCCUACUUUCGAUGUCAAGAAACUUCAGCCAACUAUCUUUACCAGUUAUGAGACGGUCGGUGAUCAUAAAGUGAUGGAUGCACAUCUUUCAGACAUUUGCAUAGGCACCUCUGCAGCCCCAACUUAUCUUCCUGCUCAUCAUUUUACAAACACUGAUAAAAAUGGAAAAGCUGAACAAUUCGAUCUCAUUGACGGUGGCGUCUGCGCUAAUAACCCGUCUCUGGUGGCCAUCAGUGAAGUGACCAAAAUUAUCCUUAAGAAUGAUCCGACCUAUACCACAUUUGCUUCGGAAAAUUUUCGGUUUCUGCUGGUUUCAAUAGGCACGGGUUCCAACAGAGGUGAGAAGAAGUACGAUGCUAAAUUAUGUGCCAAGUGGGGACCUUUGUCCUGGAUAGCACACCAGGGAAGUACUCCUAUCACUGAUGUUUUCAUGGAAGCCAGCUCCGACAUGGUUGAUUACCAUAACACUAUUGUCUUCGAAGCCUUUCGUUCUAAAGAUAAGGUUCUCCGCAUCGAGGAUGACACACUUCAUGGAGAUUUAGCUUCAGUGGAUAAGGCUACCCCACAAAACCUACGUAAUCUGGAGGAAGUUGGUAAGAAAUUGCUCAAAAAGCCUGUUUCACGUCUCAAUUUGAGAACUGGAACUCGUGAUCCGGUUCCAGAUGCUGGCACCAAUGAGGACGGACUCAGAAGGUUUGCUGAGGAACUUUCAAAGGAAAGGAAACUGCGCUUGUCUAAGGCCAACGUGGCAGGAAAAUAAGUGCUACUCAUCAUAACAUCAUCUUCCAUGUAUAAUAAGUCAAUAAAUAAAUGUUCUAAUUUGCUCAGGCCUUGAUAUCAUCUGGCGAGCUGCUUGGAACUGUUCGUUUUAAUUUCAAUUGGCCGAUCGUUAUGAUCUUUGGCUGGAAAAGUCUUUUUUUUUUUGUCCUGUUAUGAAAUUGUAAGUUCAAUAAUGUUUUCAAUGGUGGGACCAUAUAUAUAAUAAAUGUUGGGCAUGUUA